GCUUCCUAUAUACACCACUCCUGAGUCCUGCCUCAGACGGACACGGAUCACAUGCUUUCUCCUAUACGUACGGUACGACGGUACGUACACAGUAGUGUACAAGAACACGAGAAGUAGCAUGGCUUCCGAGGAGUGCACAGGGCCAGCAGCAAGAUAACAGGCGCGUACCAGAGUCCAGAGAGAAGAACAUGGCGGAGACGGCCAUCGCGGCGGUGCUCUCCAAGUUCGGAGGGCUCGCGGCGAGCGAGGCCAAGGUGCUGCUGGAGGUGGGAGACGACAUGAUGCUGCUGCGGGACCGCCUCGAGUGGCUGCAGGCCUUCCUCCGCGACGCCGACCACAAGCGCCGCACCGGCGACGACCGCCUCACCCGCGUCUGGGUGCGCCAGAUGCGCGACGUCGCCUUCGAGGCGGAGGACGCCGUCGACGAGUUCUUCCGCAAGGUUGACAUGGAAGGCAUGGGUUACCAACGCUGGAUCACAUGGCUCAAGAAAUGCUUGCUAGGCUGCUGGGCCGAAAUCAUUCUCCGGCAUGAGUUGUCUGGUCGCCUCGAAAAAAUUAACAGCAGGCUCCAUCAGAUCUCGGAGAACCAAAAGGAGUACAAGGUCGAGCCUACACCAUCAGCGACAGUACUCACGUCUUCCACUACAGCCACUUCAGCAUGGCGGGAUGGUUACAAGAACGCCGUGGGUUUUGAGAAAGAAGUGGAGACACUAAAGGAAAUGCUGCUUGGUAAAGGUCGCCCUCAGCUGACGUUUAUCUCCAUACUUGGAGAGAGCGGUGUGGGAAAGCAAACGCUGUCACGUAUUCUCUUGCAUGACAUGGAGAAGAACAAGCAGUUCGACGUCCGAGUCUGGUACAACAUGCCGUCGGGUUCCACCACGGAAAACCUCCUCAAGCAAAUCUACAAAAAAGCAGGAGGAGGAGGACAGCGGCGGCAUCAGCCGUGCGAGUGCGAGUGCGACGACGACGAUAUCGAAGACGUGCUCCGUCGUCACCUCCUAGCCAACAAGAAGUACCUGCUGAUUCUCGUUGGCAUAUCCUCCAAGACCAUGCUCAACUGUGUCAGGGCAAGCCUACCGGACGACAACAAUGGAAGCAGGGUAGUGCUCGUAUUGGACAUCGAGAACGAAGAGGUAGCGUGGCAUGCUAAUGCCAUGAACAAGACGACGGGCAUCAGCCACGGAUUAAUCCACCACUUGAACCGUCUGGACCAAGACAAGAGUGUGGAGUUGUUCUGUAUGAGGGCCUUGAGGACAAAUCUGUCAGAUGAAACCACAGUGAACAGCAUGAUGAGCAAGUACAGGGAAGUUGUGUACAAUAUAACUUCCGGCUACCCUCUGGCUAUAGUGGUUUUGGCCGGACUCCUACGGUUCAAGGAGAAGCCAGGGCAAUGGAACGCGGUGCUGCAGCAGCUCAGGACGACGUCGUCUGGACCAGCAGCAGCAGAUCAAGAAGCGCAUCAGCAAGACGACCAAGGCGGCCAUACCGAGGAGAAGACGAUGAGCGCCCCUACAAGUACAACACAAGCAGCCAACAACCAGCUGUCCACAAGAACGUCGAUUGAGAGGGUCUUCUGGGCAAGCUUUGAAGACCUUCCCAACGCCCUCAAGUCAUGCUUCCUCUACUUGGCUGCUUUCCCCAAGGGCACCUUCCUGUCUACUGGCAGUAUAGUGCGGUUGUGGAUGGCCGAGGGAUUCAUUAGGCCACAGAAGGGCAAGACCAUCGAGGAGCUGGGCCACGACUAUUUCAAGGAGCUGGCCUUGAGAUGCCUCGUUCAGGUUUCAGGGAUGAACGAGGUUGGCGGCAUCACCAAUGUCAUUGUUCACGGAAGGCUCCAUGGGUUCCUGCACUCGGAGGCUCGUGAGGCCGGCUUCAUCGACGUCCAUGACAUGAACGACGUCUUUGUCCCACCAUCGGUGCGCCGCCUCUCUUUCAUGAGCUUCCAAGACGGAUAUACCACAUUCACUAACAGGUUCUGUAAGUUGCGCUCCUUCAUAUGCUGGGCCAAUGAGAAAGAUUCAGACAAUAGUAUUGGCAGCAGAGGCCGCGUGAACAAUGAGGAGGAACGAUGGCAUGAUCUCAACUUCCUGCAUGGUUCAGAUUUGCUUCGUGUACUCUACAUAUCAGGACUAAGGAUCAAGGAGUUGCCGAAUGAAAUUGGCAACAAGAUCCACUUGCGGUACUUACGUGUAAACACCGAGCACCUCAAGGAGCUCCCGGCCAGCAUUGCGAGGCUGCCCAACCUGCAGACACUGGAUAUAAGGGACACCGAAGUCGAGGAGAUCCACCCGUCCUUCUGGGAGAUAAAGACGCUGCGGCAUGUGAUUGCCAAGAAGCUCACGCUCCCGCCAUCUAUCAAGGAAGAAAUGGGCGAGCUGCAAACGCUGCGUGGUGUAAAGCCCAGCGAAGAAGAAUGGGAUCAAGAUAACUGCCCACUGCUCAAGAUGUCCAAACUCCGGUCGCUGGAGCUGCACGGACUCAUUGGCGCCAGACACGGCGCUGCGCUGAUCACUGCCCUCGGGCAAAUGCAUCUCCUUGGCCACUUGAAGCUCAAAGGCGACAAGAUCUCUUGCUGCGUCUUCACCGGAGAACGCCUUCGAUAUCUUCAGACUGUAGAGCUGGAUGGAACUGUGCAAUGGCCGCCUGUCGCUGAGUUUAAUGAUCUUCGCUUCGUCCGUCCAAACCUUGUCCAGCUCAGCCUGACAAAUACAAACGAUGCGCCGGAAGGCAUCCAACAGGAACUGAGAAAUGCAGGCUUUGUCCGCUCCUACCAGCAGCUCCAACCUGUUUAUCGGCUUUCAUACAGACAAGGAGGCGCGCUUGCGACGAAACCGGAGCAGCAGGGUGAAGCAGGGUCCAACAAAAUGGAACAGCAGCACCAAGGCGAGGAAGCUGAAGAGUGAUAUGGUGUCCUGGUUUCUAUAUCUCUAGUUGAAUGUUUCUGUUUCAUGAGACAAUCUGUUUGUAUUUUGUUGUAAUGACUUGUUUGCUUCGGAUCUGUGUAUGUUUUAUGUUCUGUUUUGUUGCUGUUGUAAUCAUGAACUGUUUUGUAAAAUAAAAUAAAGAAUGCUUUUGAAACCUCUAAAGCUAAUAGUUAGCUGCUAAAA